CUCGGGGUUGUUCCUUUCUGAAGAGCGAUGAGUUCCGCAAGUAAUGAAACUAAUUUUACCAUCGACGGAGAAAAUAUACACGGAGUUACACCUGAAAACAUUGUUUUCGCAACGAUUUACUCAAUCAUUGUGUUUUUUGGUGUGAUUGGCAACAGUAUUGUGAUCGCCAUCGUGUGCAAAACGCCAUCAAUGCAUACAACAACGAACUAUUUGCUGGUAAACUUAGCCCUAUCCGAUUUACUAUCGUUGUUAUUCUGUCCGGGAUUUUACGAUUUUUCUUUACAUAACGUAAGACUGAGUCAAACUACCGGAGAUUUUAUUUGCAAGGUAUUUGCGGGAAACGCAGUUCUCUCUGUUACUGUUCUUGAGUCUAUUUUCACCUUGACGGUCAUAGCUGUGGAAAGGUACUUUUCACUUGUGAAACCAUUUAACACAAAUGCAAGACUUGGUAAAGGAAACGUCCGUUAUGCAAUCGUCGUAACGUGGGUAUCAGCCUUGCUUCUAUGUAUACCAGGAUUUUUAUCGAACGACUACGAUCCAGAGGCGAGAGCAUAUCCUUGUAAUCGACCAUGGACCCUCGAUCGACUCACGCCGUUUAAAAGAACUUAUAUCAUUGUAUUUUGCAACCUGUGCAUUGUGAUGCCUACAGUUGUGAUUUUGUUUUGUUACUGCUCUAUUUUCUAUGGAAUACAUUUUAAAAAGAACAUCUGUUGUGAAAACACCGCUGAAAGUGGGAAGGCGGAAAAAUCCAAGAAACGCCUUUUAAAGUUACUUAUGUCUCUCGCCGUAGCUUUUGCUGUUUGUUGUAUUCCAUAUGCAGUGUUCUUUAUUUACGUCUCCAUUAUCACAAAGAGUAAACUGCAUCAAAACUACGGGUCUCUUCACCUUACACACCGAAUGGUUCGAUUUUUUCUCAUUCUUAAUUCAUUUAUUAAUCCCCUUCUUUAUGCAGCGCAAAGUUCUAACUACAGGCAAGGACUGAGGAUAAUCAGCCGACGAUUUUUACAAACACGUUCAAACAGAGUAGCAGAAAAUAAUCAAGAACAUUUAGAACUGGGUAUUUAGGGGGGAUUCUGUUCAUUUCUCUUGCACUUGUAGAGGUGACUUCCAUGUAUUCUUUUGUUUUGAACAUACAUGCAGUUUUACGUCUGUUAAUAACCGAGUUUUUAUUAUAUGUCAAAGCUAUGCCACUUUGAUCACCGAGCAAAAACCAUUGCAGAGCCGAUAUGGUUGCUCGAUAUUACUCUCACGUAACCAAUUUAAUAAAUUUAUUGGUUAACGCU